AUGGCGGAGGAAGCGGCCGCCGAGGACCAGGAGACGCGGACGAAGAUCGCUUUUAACCUCGGCGAGGCGCUCGAGGACCCAUCGCCCCUGUUCGACCUGGCCCGCGCGGUCGAGCAGGCGCUCUUCGUCAGGAAAGGGAGCGACGCGAAGGAUCCGUCCUACAGGAGUGCGGCACGAUUUCUCGCGGCGAACAUUAGGCGAAACGGACCCUUGCGAAGGAGGGUGUUGGACGGUGAGCUGAGCCCGGAGGCGCUGUGCGAGCUGUCGCCGGACGAGCUCGCGACCGAUGAGAUGAAGCGGAAGCGGGAGAAGAUGGAGGAGCGGUCGUACAAGCGGCGCACGAGGACCACCACCGACACCCUCACGGACACGACGAAAUACCACUGCAAGGACUGCGACUCGAACGAAUGCGCGUACGCGGACCUUAAGGGGCACAGGGACAUACGCAAGAACGAGACGUGGGGUUCGAACGAAAGCGCGGACGAUGCGAGGGUGAUGGUGGUGUGCAAACAAUGCGGCGCGGAGUGGAACGAGACCGUGCUGUAG